AUGAGUGCCGAUCCAGCUCUGCCCCAAUGCCCGCCUGGCCCCGAAGCACCCAGUUCUAGGGACUCUUCUCCAAUGCCUGAGAUUUAUGGGCCUGAAGAAAAUGAUGUGUCCCUGCAAAUGUCAUCUGCUGAGACACCCCACGCGGAGACCGUCUCUCCUCUUCCUGCAUCCAAGGAUCUGCGUGUUCAGGACAGCCCCGACUCUUCCACCAGUCCCAGGGUAAAAGUACCACCCACUUCUGGGGAGGAGAGAACAGUGAGGAAGGAAGAUACUGCCCAGGGCAAGAAACAGAAGAUCAGGACCGUGUUCUCUCAGGCCCAACUCUAUGUCCUCAAUGAUCGAUUUCUGAGACAGAAAUACCUCAGUCUCCAACAGAUGCAAGAACUUUCCAACAUUCUGAACCUUAGCUAUAAGCAGGUGAAGACCUGGUUCCAGAACCAGAGAAUGAAAUGUAAGAGGUGGCAGAAAAACCACUGGCCAAAGGAGAGCAAGAGUGUGACUCAGAACAGCACAGCAACCGCAGAAUACCCAGGCUUCUAUUCCUACCACCAGGGAUACCAGAGGAAUACUUCUGGAAACCUUCCAUUAUGGAGCAACCAGACCUGGAAUAACCUGAAUUGGAGCAACCAGACCUGGAACAGCCAGUCUUGGAGCAACCACUCCUGGAACGGCCCGUCUUGGGGCAACCAUUCCUGGGCCAAUCAGACCUGGUGCCCCCAAGCCUGGAACAAUCAUGUUACAACUGAAGUAAAGUCUAUUGAAAUACACCAUGACACCUUGAGUGAGGCUCUUCCUAGGGACAGUGUGGGCUUGAAUGUCAAGAAUGUAUCUGUCAAAGAUGUUCGUUGUGACAGUGUGGCUGGUGACAGAAAAAAUGACCCACCAAUGGAAGCAGGUGGUUUCAUGCCUCAGUGUGCUGAGCUGAAGGAGAAGAUUGAUCAUUGCUCUGGAAACAAGCUGGAAGAUGGCCCCAAGUUCUUGAACUCUGGUGAUGCUGCCAUCAUUGGUAUGGGUCCGGGCAAGCCUAUGCAUGUUGAGAGCUUCUCUGACUAUUCUCCUCUGGGCCAUUUUGCCGUUUCUGACGUGAGCCAGAUGGUUGCUGUGGGUGUCGUCAAAGCAGUGGACAAGAA